UGUCCAUGCAUCAUGAAUGGGUGGUUAUGCAAACUAUAAUCCCAACAGGGUGAGCAGGACCCCCUCUUUGCAGAAGUCUCAUUCACCUUCAAUGGAAACUGAACAUGUAGAUAGUUUCUCUUUGUGUUUUCCUGCUGCUGACUGUCUCUGUCUGAGUUUUAAUCUCAGUGGUUACAUAAAUAAAAGUUCCAGUCAUCCAGCAGCUCUUUAAUAAACACCAUCAGUAACCACGCCCUGCUUUUUGUCUGCUCCUCAUACUUCUGUGUGUUGACGUCUCUCUGGAAUAAAUACUUUAGCUCCACAUAUCUUUCUGGAAGCUCAAACAGCUGCUGAGCUCCGCACUUUCACUCUGCGGCCGCACAAAAGCAGCUCUGAAUUGUCCCGGCCGAGCAGCCAAUGAGCUCAGAGCAGCAGCAGCGGCUCAGAGUCUAGCAGCGCCUGGACUCUGCCAGUUUCCAGCCGGACUCCUGCGGCGGCUGCUGGAGAAUUUUCUGAUCCGUCAGCAUUGUAUCAAUUGUCUAUAAAAAUUAAUGUGCAGGUGAAGCUUUGCCUUCACAUGAGGGCCAUCAAACUCCAAAUUAAAGUUCAUGAAAGAGUGCAAACAAAGACAUGAAUGACUCUGAAGAUUUCAAGACCCGUUGUGUGUUUUCCAGGAGGGAGGUCUCAGCAGGACUAAAGACCAAAUAGACGGGACUGGGAUGAGCCUGAACAACAGGAAAGGAGUGAGGGUGAGCGGGAAAUACGUGCCUCCGCUUGAUUGGGGCAACAGAGCAGGAGGUCCAUGCAUCAUCCACUCCCCACCCAGCACCCUUUUACCUCCAGACGCCCCCACCGUGAUGUCCAUCGGCCCCCUGCCUCACAGAGCUCCAGAGCGCUUUGACUAUCCAAGGUUAGAGGAGCCUUCUGCGUCAGAGGACUGGCCCACGGAGACGCCGUCGAAACACAGAGUGUCUUACGGUGAGAUGGGCCACGUCCCCCGCCAGACCAUGGAGGAGCUGAAGACCAUCCUGAAGGAGAGUCCUCUCCUCAGCAUCCGGGGCAAGGACGAAGGAAAGCCGGGGAGUCCUUACACGUACCUCCAUGGAAGCGGAAGUGGACGCAGCGCUGGAGCUGUAGGAGGUGGAGGUGGAAGCGGAAGGCCGGACGGACGUCAGGACGAUGGAAACCCCAACAGGGCGUUCAGCACCUUCAAACCACACUUUGAAGUUUCCAGAAAAGGGGGGCCCAGGCCCAGUGAGAGCACGUCUAUUCAGCAGGCUCCCGACAUGGAUUCAUCCAGCUCGUUCAGGUCUGCGGAAAACACAAAUAAGCAGCCUGGAGGUAGAGCACAAACGCACACAACCGACGGCUCCUGGGGAGAGAGUCAAGCUUCUCACACAGAUAACGUGAGCGACAUCAUCGAGAUCUUCGGGGGUCACAGAUUCAUCUCAGCCAUGGAGCAGAUCAAGCAGCAGAUCGCCAGAGAAAACAUCAACUUCGUCCGGUUCGAGGCCACCGACCUCCACGGGGUGUCCAGGUCCAAGACAGUUCCUGUCCGCUUCUUCCAUGAGAAAGCAGUUUAUGGGAUACCGAUGCCGAGAAGCUACCUGGAGCUCACACUGAGUCCCAAGAGCAACGAAGUGGACCACGGCAACACUGCCAACUUCAGCAGCGAUGUUCUUUUGAUACCAGAUCUCUCGACCUUCAGGGUCUUACCCUGGGCCGAGCAGACGGCACGGGUCAUCUGCGACCCUUGCACAGUGACAGGAAACGCCCUACGCACUUCCCCUCGCCUCAUCGCCAAGCAGCUCCUCGGGCAGCUCCAAAGCCUGGGGUUCUCCCUGCACUCGUCCUUUACAUAUGAAUGCUGCGUGCUCGGAACGCCAGACCGGAUCGGACCGAAGACGCUCCUGUUCCCGGCCACCACCCUGCUCAGCAACCACGACCUGCCUUUCUUCCAGCAGCUGGUGGACAGCAUGUACUGCAUGGGCGCGGACAUAGACAGCAUCGCCUCUGCAAGCGGCCCCGGUCAGAUGGAGAUCAACCUGAGACCAGAGUUUGGGAUUGCGGCCGCAGAUAGCGCCUUCACCUUCCGCACGGGCAUCAAAGAAAUGGCUCGUAAGUACAGCUACAUUGCUAGCUUCUUCACCGAUGACGGCAUGUACAACGCCGGCGUGCUCUCUCACAGCUUGUGGGAUGCUAACGGGCGACGCAGCCUCUUCCAAAGCGGGGACAAAGCAGGUGAUUUGUCUGAGAUUGGCAGGAAAUGGCUCGCCGGGCUCCUCACCCACGCUGCUGCCCUGAGCUGCCUGAUGUCCCCGGGCCUCGGGUGCAGGAGUCACAUCGCCAAGACCAUGAAAGACCCCAAACGAGUGCUGUGCGCCACAUGCGGCUGCAACGACAACAGCAGCUCCUUCAACAUCAAGUGCCACGGCGGGAGGGAGAUGCACAUCGACAACAAGCUGGGCUCAGCCAUGGCCAACCCUUACAUCGUGCUGGCUGCGACCGUGGCCGCAGGACUGGACGGCAUCAGACGAAACCUGAACGUGGACACCAGCCUGAACAAAGCGCCCGGUCAGCAGAAGGAUUUCGCCAUCCCCGUGAAAAUGGACGAGGCUCUGGAGGCGCUGGGGGAAGAUCACGUCAUCCGCAGCACCCUGGGAGAGCCGUUCGUUCAGUAUUUUAUCGCCAUGAAGAAGUUUGAGAUCGAGACGCAGGAGAUGGACGAUGAGAGGAACAAGUGCUUCGAGUAUUUCAUUUAGAAAACUCUCGUUAUGUGUGAUGAGAAACUCCCUCCUGAUGAAUUAAAGCAUGAAAAACAGCUUUUCAUUUUAUACAUCA